UUUUUUUUUAAUUUCAAUGAUUUUCAAGAGGUGGGGAAAUGCUCCAUGGCACAGGCAGAUAUUUAUUAGGUGGGUCAAAGAUUUGACUAAUUUUCGUCUGUGUUCCUUUAGCAGCUUAGGUCAAAUGUCAUUUCAGCUACAAGACAUUUUAGCUUGAAGUUUUGGGAUGACUGGUAGGAUGUACCUCUCAGUAAUGUCAUGGAUGAAAAAAGAUUGACUAGUGUUUUCAUUACUUCAUUUGUGUGAACUGUACUGAACUUAUGUAUUAAUUCCUGACACACUUGAUUUGGGUAAUUUGUAGUAAAUGAUCAUUUUCUGUUCAUGACACUGCUUUUUUCCCCCCAGGUACUUUAUACAGUUUGUAAUUUGUAUAAAGAUACUGUAAUUCAGUACCUCUAAAGUAUACAUAACACCCUUUCAUGUUCUCUCUCAGUUCAAUGAUUUUAAGAGGGAGAUUCCCUGCUUCAUAAUUGAGGUCUUCCUUCAUUUAUUUUACUAUAGGGCACACUUCGUUUAAAGUUUCAUUGAAUAACUUAAUAAAUUAUUCUAUUUAUCAUACACAUCAGAUAAAAGUCACCUACAGGAAAAUUACAGGGAGGUAGAUGCACAAAUAUCAAAAGCUAAGGUGGCAUGGCAGUCCGCUGAAAGAUGGGCACAUUCUAUAGAAUGGCUGUUGAAGGAAAAUGAACUUAUAGACAAUAUUAUUGAAAAAAAGAUGAAGUAGAUGAGGAUGGGAUGGGAUAUAUGAUAAAGUCAAAACAAAGACACUGGUUAGACAACAUUGCCUCAGACUCAUUGACAUUCUUGACAUAGCUUUCAGCAGAGAUGCCACAGAUCACCAUCUAUCCCACUUUACAGAGCAGACAAGCCUACAAACCCCAAAUUCUGUGCAAAGUCAUGGACGGCCAAUCAUUUGGUGCCUAUGGCCAUUUCACUGUCCUUAAGACUUCUUUCUGUAGAUGCUCAUGACAACAACACAUGAACAUUCCACCAGAUUCACCAUUUUCGAGGUACUCGUUCACAAGCUCUGCAUAGCAAUAAUCUGCCCUUUUUCAAAGUCACUUAUUUCAAUGGAUUUCCCAAUUUGCAGCAUGUAUCUUUGCUUGGGUGAACACCAUCCAUGUCUGUUCCGCUUACAUAUUUUCGUUGUCACGUCAUGUGCCUGCAACGCUACCAGGCAGCAUUCAAUGUUGCAGUGGGCAUUGGUCAUAAUGUUUUCACAUAGCAGUGUAUGAGGCAGACGAAAUACCCUUAGUCUCUAAAAGGCAUAUAAUAAUACCAAUUCCAAAAAAGGUAGGUGCUGACAGGCACAAAGAUUGCUGAACUAACAAUGUAAUAACUCAUUGUGGAAAAAAUAUUGACAUGAAUUAUUUACAGAUGAAUAGGUAAACUGGUAGAGGCAGACCUCUGAAAAGAUCAGUUUGGAUUCUGCAGAAAUGUGAGACAACACAAGACAGUACAGACCGUACAACUUUUCUUAGAAAAAAGGUUAAGGAAAGGCAAAGUUCCAUUUAUUGCAUUGGUAGAUUCAGAGAAAGCUCUCGCCAAUUCGUGGAGUGAAAGGUUAUUUACAAUUAAUACAGAAACAGGACAGUUGUUGAAGAGAGAAUGCAAAUGAAAAGGAAGCUGUAGUUGAGAAUGUAGUGAGACAGAAUUACAGCCUCUCCUCACUGUUAUUCCGUCUGUAUACUGACAAAGUAGUAAAAUCGGAACGGGAAUUACAGGUUUAAGGAGAAGAAAUUGAGGCGUUGAGAUUUUCUUAGGGCACUGUUAUUUUGUCAUGAGACGACAAAUGUUUUGGAAGAACAGUUGAACAGAAUGUGUAGUGCCCUGAAAGGAGAUUAUAAGAUUGAAAUCAACAAGUAUAAAACAAGAGUGAUGAAAUGGCAUCAGAGUAAAUCAGGCAACAUCAAGGGAAUUAGAUUAGGAAAUCAGACACUGAAUGUAGUAAAUGACUUUUGCUAUUUGAGGAGCAAAAUACUGAAGAUGGCUGGGGCAGAGACAAUAUAAAAUGUACACUGGUAGUAACAAGAAAACUAUUCUGAUAAGAAGAUAUGUUCACAUAAAAUAUUAACUUAAAUGUUAGGAACUCUGUUCUGAAGAUAUUUGUAUUAAGUGUAGCUUUGUGUGGUAGUUCAAUGUGAACAGUAAGCAGUUCAUGCAAGACGCUAACAAAAGUUUUUGAAAUACAGUGCUCAGAAGAAUGCUGAAGAUUUGAUGACUGCACAAAGUAACUACUGAAAGGGCACUGAAUCCAAUUGGUGAAAACAGAAGUUUAUGGCGCAUCCUGAUUAAAAGAAGGGUUCACCUGAGAGGACACGUCCGGAGCCGUCAUGAUAUUUGGUGGCUUAAUGUAGUGAAAUUGGAAGGUAACAAACUGUAAAGGGAGACAAACCUCUGAUUCAGUAAGCAGGUUCCAAUGGAUGCCGGUUGCAGUAGUUGUACAGAGGCAGAGAGAUCAGACUAGCUUGGAAACCUGCUUCAAACUAGUCUUCCCACUAAAAACUACGAGAACAAACACUAUAGUAAAGCGCCGGUAACCGAGGGAAAAAAGCUGUGGCCUACAUCUAUUGCCGGGACCUACGUGUCCGCUCUGCAGAAAAAUUACAGCACACACGCAAGAUAUCCAAUAAAUAACAAAUCGAUCUAGUUAAGUGCAAACAAAUUUGGCAUGUGAAUUUUGGUUCUUUUUGUUUCCAACUAGUUUUAUAAGUAACCCAUAUUUGACACGGACACUUAGGGCAAAUUAUUUCCCGUAGUCGACGGCAACGCUGUAUAAUUUCUCUGACCACAAACGGUUAUCUAAAAUAUUACUAAUUGUAUACAUUUUGAUCUUCAAAAUAGAGACUGGACAUGUCACAAUUUCAUGUCGUAAACAUUACUUUCAGGCACAAGCACACACACUUGCACUAUUAAGUUAUCAUCAACGUAUGUUUCUCCUUUUUCUUCUUCAAAAACUUGUCGCUAAGUCAAAAUAUGAUUUUCAUCCCGUUCAAGAGCACACAGGAACAAUUUUUUUAUGUACACUGAUAUCUUUAUCUUCGACAUAUAAUGCCACCCACAGAGACUGCGGGUGCCGCCAUAUUGCCUAAAGGUGGAGUUAGAAAGCGGAUGUGGUGUGACAAAAGUUGUCAUCUCGUAGAGUUUACUUGAAGCAAAGUGGAAUAGUGUUCGCAACAAAAUGAUCAUUGAUAUUCAACUAUGUGGAAACUUUUUAGGAGUUGAAAGUGAAACUGCAUCGAAUCAGUGAAUUUAGUAAGUAAUGGGGAUUGUGAUCGCCCAUACGAUUUAAGCGUGUAAUGGCGUGAACUAAAAAAUGCUUAUUUUGGCGAGUGAAAGAGGUCACAGUUAAUUCAAACCUGAGUUUUCGACCGUCCUCAAACGGUGUGUAUACAUAUGCGGUUGUCAGAAGUUGCCCUUUUAGUGUCUGUAGAUUUUUUAAUCAAACGUCUCAUGUCCUUGUAAGGUAAAAUUUUGGGUUAAUGGUAAAGACCUUCUGGACAAGUAUGUGUCAUGAUCCUAACAUGAAAUAGCUUAAGAAAAUUUAUACCUUAGGUACUCCAGAUAUAAUAAAGCUUAAUAAAUUUGACACUGUGAUUGGAGUAAAAUGCUGCACACUUGACAUUUCAUUGAGGAAGCCACUCCUAGUGUUAUGCAUCAGAUUUUUAAGUAGUAUCAUAUAUCUGCGAGUAAAUCUUGUUUCGUACUUCGCACCCUGUUUGCAUUCAGAAUCUUUCACCAGUUAUUACGGAAUUGAUAUAGACAUCACUGUUCUUGGUACAGCUCUACUGUGGUGUCAACUAUAUAGAAGUCAACUGAACUUGCAACUGAGAUGAAAGCAAAUGUUUAUUUUAAUAGUGUGUAUAUAGUACACUAACCAGUGUUUAGUAAAGGCACCUACUGAUAAUCGUAUGCAUUGUGGUAUGUGAAAAGAAGGGUUUUAGGAAACACCUUGAUAAUAACUGUGUCAACAAGGUUUUAUAAAAGUGUGCAGUAGUAUGUGAUUGGUAUCAUGAUGUGGUUGCUGUGACAUUAAGCAACAUCUAAAAGGGCAAUAGGUUAGUGGGUGAGGUGGGAGUAGCAACAUGCCGUUCCCACCCCCUCCACCACCACCUGGACCACCUCCACCACCUGUUUUUGGAGGCGGAACACCAAAACUUGCUGGUGAUGAAAGUAGGAAUCAACUGCUGCAGUCAAUUCGGAAGGGCACAACUCUAAAAAAAACUGUUACCUGUGAUCGAAGUGCUCCAAUAAUCUCAGGGAAAGUCAAAGGUUCAGACAGCAGCAGCAUUAAUGGAAGCACUAACUUCAGCAGCAAUAGCAACACUAGAUUCAACAGCAGCAGCACAGAUUUCCCAAAAAACAAUGGCCUUGGUGGUCUUUUCAAGGGAGAAAUGCCAAAACUGCGACCAACUGGGAGACUAGGAGAGACAGGCAGUGCAUUACAAAACAUGACUCAGUCAAGACAUUCUCCACCUGCCAACAAUGCUAGACAGGAUUCCGACAGGCGUCCAUAUCCUUACGAUAUUAAAAACAGGGGUCCACCGCCACAACCUCCACCUCCAUCUCAGAAGCCAUCAAUGCCAACAAGUGCAUCGGACUCCGUAUUGCAGACUGGAUCAGGCCGCUUUAACACAGGCGUACAGUCCUCAGGAAAUGGACCACCGUCUUUACCCAGCAAGCCUCCUGUUGGAAGCUAUGGAAAACCCAAUGUUGCUCCAAAACCUCCAUCUGCCAGUUCUCCUGGAAAGCCCUCUCCUCCUCCGAAGAAACUUGUGAUGAAUGGUAGUAGACCGUCAGUGACACGUGCUCAAAGCAUGAGGGUGCCUCGUUCUCCACCAGUAGCCCCUCCAUUACCUGUAUUCCCCCCUGCUGGUAAAGAAUUGACAAGCUAUCAGAAAGGGACAAUGGUUCCACCCGCUUUUCACCAAUCACAGGACUCAUUACAUCGAUAUCGUACAAACCCUCCUCCACCUCCACGCACUGCUACUCUACCGUCUAAUCUCAGUGGACAUAGUAUGAAGUCAGUUGCCCCUCUGCCCCCUCCAUCAACUCCUCCUCCCCCUGCCCCCACUGUCCGUCCACCAAGGCCACCACUAACUCGACCUCCUCCACCACCAUCUCGGAUGGGUGCGCCGCAGUGCCCUCCCCCUCCACCUCCCACGACAGCGCCACCUCCACCACCACACAGAACGACUCCUGCUCCUCCACCUCCAUCAUCACAAGCCAGGCAGGCUCCUUCAAUUCCAUGUUCAGCUCCACCCCCACCACCAGUUAGAAAUUCGUCAAUGAGGAAUGGUAAUUCUCCUGUUUGUGGUGACAUAGAAACAAGAUUUGCUGACCAUUUUCAUGCUGUGCAUGAAUUUCCACCACCUCCACCAUUUAGGAAUGUUCCAAAAAUAUACAAUAGCAAAAAUGUGUUGAAGCAGCAAGCUUCGUUUUCAGCAAAGCAGCAAGCACCACUACCACCCAUGUUGCAGAUUGGCAAUAAAAUGUGGGCAAAUGAUAGUUCCACAUGUUAAUCUUGACUAGAAGUAACAGUAUUGAAUGAGGCAGCAGCAUCAUAGUCUCUUUCAAAAGGGAUUCUUUGGAAGUGCUGUUUGCUGCUUUCCUUUUUCUAAAAAUCAGAAGCUGGUGUGAUUAUACUUCCAUGGUGCUUUAAUCCCAGGAGACUGCAAACUUUGAAGAAUGUUAUAAUUAUGUUUUGUGUUUUUUUCUGGCUGUGGUUAAACUGCAUUCGUUAUUAAUGCCAUUGAGAGCAAGCACAAAAGUAUGUUUAAAUGUGACCUCAUUUUGGCUCAUCCUGUAUAGUGGCUAUGUGUUAACUGAAAGACUGACUGUUGUUUCUCUCUGUAUCAAAGUAUAUAUACAUAUAUAUAUAUAUAUAAAAAUAGCAAAGCAGUUGUUCACUGUUUAGUGCUUUGGUUUAAUGUGUAGUGAGAAUAUAGCAGUUUGAUGUUUAUUAAAUUGAAACUCUAUAUUUUAAAUUGACAGAUGACUAUACGUGAUUCUUAUUAGAACAGCAUUGUUGUUGUCUACACAAAAAUGCUGAACAAGUUUUGGAAAAAAGAGUUUGGAUUAACUUUUAAUUGUGUACUUUACCAUUAGUUAACAGUAAUUGCUGUUUUUCAAGAGAAGAAAUGUUGAAGUAUACUUUAUAGUAUUGUUGUAUUUAAUUGUUUAUUAACUUAUUUUUGAAGUGUAAAAUAUGUUUGUGCCUUUUGGUCCACAUAUUUACCUCCAAUCUGCUGCAGUUUAAGCAGCCAGCUGUGGUGUACAGUGCUUUAAAGUUGUUGAAGUUGAUCUGAUAUCUCUUUCGAAAUGUAUUAAUUUUUUUAGUUCACUUGAACUGUAUAAUCUGAUAAAGUCACUAUAUAUUUGCUUAUAAAUUGCCCACUACAGUAUUUGAAAAAUUACUAAUUCUCUUAAGAAACAAAUAAAUAUUCUGUGCUUACAUCACAGAUUGCACAUGUUGGAGGCCAGGCAGUGUUAUAUACAUGUUGAAAUUAAUAAGAGCAGUAUAGGUGAAUGUCAUCAUAUGCAGUUCCACCAGUAAAACAUACGUGCAUACUUCAGUAGGUGAUAUUUUACAGAGCAAGUUGGUGAUUACAAAUUAAUGUGUGUUCCACCUGGUAUUCUUGUGACACAAGCUCUCUGAAGUUUUGCUGUAUUUUAUAAGAUUGACAAAGAUGGCCUGCAUCAUGGUCACAUACAUGUGCUGCACUGAAGUUCCAGGCACAGCCUUCGCUGACAAAUAAUCCUUGUCAAUAAAAUGAGUAGUAAUUUGCAUUCAAAGUGAAAUUAAAAAAGAAGGGGGUGGGGGUGGGUUGAAAAUGCAUUAUAAUAAACUCCAAGUUAGUGAAAUCAGUACGUGUUCUGGAAAAAUCAAUAAAAAUUUUCUUGUAAUUUUCUGGUCAUAUUCUACUGUCAGUUGAUAGCAUUUUGAAUUUGUCAGUUGCCUAAUAAAAACUUUUUGGGGGUGUUUUUUGCAUGCGAUACUGUUUAACAGAGAGAAAGACAGGUGUGAAGAUGCUAGUGGGUAAAAAAAUGUAAUGAUUGUAUGGUGUUAUUGGCCAGGAGAUCCAGGCUGGAGUUGCUCGGCCACCUGGUGCGCUAAUGGCUUGAAUGUAAAAACUUUACAUCACGUGCAUUGAAGUCUUGUGUAUCUGACUGGGCAAUUCAUGUCCAUAGGAUGGAGAAAAAAUGUUGGGAAAUUUGUCUAAGUUCUUUUUUACAAUUUUUAUUCAUUGUAGAUAAUAUUAUUUAUAGAUUGUUGCCUAAAUGGAGAGCUUUCUCUUGUCAUCUUAUGAAAGUAAUAUCAUAUCUCUCUCUCUCUCUCUCUCUCUCUCUCACACACACACACACACACACACACACACACACACACAAAAUUAACCCACUAAUUAUAGUGACCAGUCUCAUGAGGAAUUUGGUGACGAGAGCAGUCAAAGUGGGCCUGAACAGAAGAAAAAAUAAGAUGUUGCAAGAGUGAGAACAUCUGUUGAAAUGAUGAUUGUUUCCAAAACAGUAUUGAUAACAUACAAGUACUAUCAGUUUUUUUGCUGCCAUCUUUUUUGAAUUAUCUGUUUCUCUUGAGAUCGUUUAGAUAGUUCUUCUGUCUUUUCAGAACUUUGUUUAUGGCAGAUGAUAAACUAUGUACCAAAUGUGUUAUUUUAUUAGUGACAGCACUUCCAGUUGAUAUUUUUAAGGAAUGGUGGAUUAUAAGAUAGUUUGCUUUGGUGAUGGCUUGUUUCCUUCGUAGUAUUCCUUUUUGUAUUUGUGUUGCAGUUUCUGAGUUUACUUCCCUUGCACAUCUGUGAAUUACCAUAACUGUACUGUUUCUUUCAUAUCUCGUAACAGUGAACCAUGCAUUAAUUAUUUGGUGUCAGAAAUAAUUAUUUGCUGUCACUAAAUUUUUCUGAGCAGUUUCAUGUAUGAUGUUCGCUUACAGUUUAACAGUUUCAAGCAAUUUAAGAAAAGCACAAAGAAACAGAACUGAAAUUGUUUUUCGAAGACCAUCUCUCAGACAUAUAUUUUAAAUGGGUAGAACAGAGUGCAAAAACUUAGGCAGCUGAAGAUAAUUUGCGGGCGACAGGAAAAAGUAGUUUGUUCCAGCAACCAAUUAGCUCCCCCUAAUUAAAGUGCAGGUUGCUCCUAAUGUUCGUUAUUUGUUAAGGCCCUCCAUUCCCUCCCUAAAUUUACAUGUCAUGUUUUAACAAUAAUGAAUGUUGCUUUAGCCUCACAAUUACAAUGUCACCAAUAUUGUCGAAACUGCUAUUAUCUUUUGAUACUCUUUUGCAGUAGCAAUUGACUACCUAAAUCAAGGUGAAUAAUUUAGUUAUCAUUCUCAGCUUAGCCUCUGAGCAGUUGUGGAAUUGGUUCAACCUUAACAAUGAAGACUGCACUUCACACUAUUAUUAAUAGUGAACUGUUUGGAUUUCUUUUUUCCUAACCUAUUUUCCCUUUGUCUGCUUUGCAUAACACAAUUUUGCACUCCACUUGUUGGUAGACAUCAGAUUAAGGUAUGUCCUAUUUUGGUCAUUGUAUUUGUUGUAGUAUCUGCAGAUGUAACUUCCUAUAAUGAGGACAAGGAAGGUAAAUUCACAAAUUACCUGCAACACAUAUUUGAAUAACUGCAGUAUUGUGACAUAUUUUCUAGUGUGAUCAGACUUGUAUAGGACAUCAGCACAUAAUAUCUCUUUUUAUUCAUUCAGUUUUAAAUUAAAAUGUAAAAUACCAUUGAGGAAAGAAACCAAGUCCAAAGUAGUGUCUGGAUAUCUGGUCUUAUAAAAAAAAGUUGAGGAAUAAUGUGGACCAUUAGGAACACAGAAAUUUGUUUUCUGAAUUACCAACUUGUAUGAAUUUCAAUAGAAAUAAUUGCAUAACGCACUUUGUAUCUUCCAGCUACUGUUGUCCUGUAAGUUAUUAAUGUAAUGACAACCAGGCUGUCACUGUUAACCUAGUCACUAUAUUUUGGCAGUGACUAAUUUUAAUGGAAGGAUAUUAGACCUUAUGUUAAUAACCCAAUCCCAGUGCCUAAAGUGCACAGAACUAUGUAUUAUAAAAAGUCUUGUAAAUAAUUGUAUAAAGAAAACAGAAAUGCAAAUGCAACUUAUUGUAUGUGUUUAAAAAUAAAAAUUAUUUUUAUCCUCUAAA